UGAGAGGAAAUGAUAGUACUGACAUGUGCAAUUUUUUAUUUUUUUCCCCAUUUUCUAGUAGCUAUAAAGUAAUUACGAAAGAGAGUGGUCUCUCUGGGUUUGCUCUCCAUCUUUAAGCAAGAUAUUCAUCAUCUACGCAGCCAAAAGCAAGCGAUCGUUUCAAAUGUCUACAGAGCACCCUGUUAAGGCAUUUGGAUGGGCUGCCCGCAACCCAUCCGAAGUUCUGUCUCCCUUCAACUUCUCCAGGAGGGCGACAGGGGAUGAAGAUGUUAGGUUCAAAAUUCUGUACUGUGGAAUCUGCCAUUCCGAUCUUCACUGCGUUAAGAACGAAUGGGGCAUCUCCAAGUACCCCCUUGUCCCCGGGCAUGAGAUUGUGGGUGUAGUGACAGAGGUGGGUAGCAAGGUACAAAAGUUCAAAGUUGGAGACAAAGUUGGUGUUGGUUGCAUGGUUGGAGCGUGUCACUCAUGUGACAGUUGCAAGAACGACCUUGAAAAUUACUGUCCAAAAGUGAUUCUCACCUACAACUCCAUAUACUAUGAUGGAACCAUGACAUAUGGAGGCUAUUCUGAUCACAUGGUUGCUACUGAGCGCUAUGUGGUUCGGAUUCCUGACAAUCUGCCUCUUGAUGCAUGUGCUCCUCUCCUUUGCGCUGGGAUCACAACUUAUUGCCCCCUAAGAUAUUUUGGACUUGAUAAGCCUGGUCUGAAUUUGGGCGUGGUGGGUCUAGGUGGGCUGGGUCAUGUAGCUGUGAAGUUUGCCAAGGCUUUUGGGCUUAUUGUCACUGUGAUCAGUACCUCUCCUCGCAAGAAGAAGGAAGCUAUUGAACAUCUUGGUGCGGAUUCAUUUCUGAUUAGCACUGACCCUAAUGAGAUGCAGGCUGCUAUGGGCACUUUGGAUGGAAUUAUUGACACAGUCUCUGCAGUUCACUCUCUACUACCAUUGCUUGGUCUGUUAAAGUCUCAUGGAAAGCUCGUCUUGGUUGGUGCACCAGAAAAGCCAUUUGAAUUACCAUCUCCAAGUACCCCCUUGUCCCCGGGCUAUUCUGAUCACAUGGUUGCUACUGAGCGCUAUGUGGUUCGGAUUCCUGACAAUCUGCCUCUUGAUGCAUGUGCUCCUCUCCUUUGCGCUGGGAUCACAACUUAUAGCCCCCUAAGAUAUUUUGGACUUGAUAAGCCUGGUCUGAAUUUGGGCGUGGUGGGUCUAGGUGGGCUGGGCCAUGUAGCUGUGAAGUUUGCCAAGGCUUUUGGGCUUAUUGUCACUGCUGCUAUGGGCACUUUGGAUGGAAUUAUUGACAGAGUCUCUGCAGUUCACUCUCUACUACCAUUGCUUGGUCUGUUAAAGUCUCAUGGAAAGCUCGUCUUGGUUGGUGCACCAGAAAAUCCAUUUGAAUUACCAGCCUUUCCUUUGCUUAUGGGGAGGAAAAUAGUAGCGGGAAGUAACAUUGGAGGUAUGAAGGAGACACAAGAAAUGAUUGAUUUUGCAGGAAAACACAACAUAACUGCGGACAUUGAGGUCAUCCCAGCGGACUAUGUGAACACUGCUGUGGAGCGUCUUGCCAAAGCCGAUGUUAAGUACCGAUUUGUCAUUGACAUUGGAAACACACUGAAAGCUGCCUAGUCUUUACCCUUAUGCUUCCUGAAUUUAGUUUGAUGUAGUGACAUGGUCACCAAUAUUAAGUUGUCUACUGUCUUUAUUUUUUUUUUGUAAUGUCGGGCUUUUUGUUACCAAUGUUGGAACAUCUUUUCUACCGGUUACAUCCUGUGUCUCCUAGCCCAACUUAAUUUUUAAGUGCACUUUUGAAGAUCUCAAA